AUGGCCUCACAUGAUAUGUGGAUAUCGCAUGCAUUCUUUAGGUCAAAUGGCUCCCUCAAUGACAUUAAUGUUCUUAACAUGUCUCUGUUACUUGAUGACAUGUAUAACGGGACUGCACUCGACUCAUCCUUUCAAGUAGUUGGAACAUUGUAUAGGAACGGGUAUUAUCUUGUUGAUGGGUUCUAUCCGAAGCAUGCUUGUUUUGUGAAGUCGUUAUCUUGUCUAAAUGAUUGCAAAAGGUUGAAGUUUAAGAGAGCUCAAGGGAAGGCGGGAAAGGAUGUUGAAAGAGCAUUUGGAGCUUUGAAAAAACAUUGGCAUAUUCUUAAAUAUCUUGCGCCUUAUAUGGAGGAGAAGAAAAUGAGCGAGGUGAUGUAUACUUGUAUCAUAUUGCAUAUAUUAUAUGAUUCUCAAAGACGAAUGAAAUGCAAUAUGGACUUGAUGGAACAUAUUUGGAACGUCGACCACAUUGAUCUUAAUGCGGAAUCGGUCUACGAUUUAGAAGGUCGAUUUUUCGAUGAAGAUGUCCUUUAG